AUGAAAACCCAGACCGUUUUUGAGGACUUAUUCUCUGAAAAUCCCGUGCGAUCCUGCGUGCCAAUCCAAGAGCUUCACCCCGAUCAUCCCUUCCAUGAACCUUUGACCGGGUGCGUAGGCAACGUGCCUUCCAAUCUAUUUAGAGGCUUUGCGUCCCCGCUCUGGACCCCGUUAAAUAUCAUCCUCUUGAACCUUGUUGUCUCAGACUUCUGUGUUGGUUUGAUGGGCAAUCCUUUUCCACUGAUAUCUGCAAUUUAUCACUAUUGGAUUUUCGGUACUACUUGGUGCCAGGCCUACGGAUUUUUCAUGUCUCUCUUAGGUAUUAAUGCAAUUACGACGCUGACGGUGUUGGCGUUCGAGCGGUACCUGAUGAUCGCGCGGCCGUUCUGCGCCCACCGACUGACCACGCGGACGGGGGCGUUUUGGCUCAUCGGAGCCUGCUGGGUCCACAGCCUCGUCGUCACCGUCCCGCCUCUCGUCGGAUGGGGCGAGUACGUCAACGAGUCCGCAAAUAUCAGCUGUUCCGUGAACUGGGAGCGGCAGGAUGUGAAUAAUACUUCCUACAUAGUCUUCCUUUUUGUGUUCGGGCUCUUCGUCCCUGUGAUAGUAAUAACAGUUUCCUAUGUCGGGAUCGUCCGAACUAUGAGGCGGAACAUCCGGGGGAUGCGGCAAGUGACGCGGGCGGAGCGGAGGGUGGUGUACAUGGUGGGCCUGAUGAUCGUGGCGUUCCUGAUCGCGUGGACGCCGUACGCGGUGCUCUCGAUGCUCGUCGCCAUCUGGGGCCGCAACGACCUCGUCUCUCCCGGCCUCUCCGUCAUCCCGGCCAUCGUCGCCAAGAGCAGCAUCUGCUACAACCCCAUCAUCUACGUCGCCCUCAACACCCAGUUUCGACCGGCGUGGAACCGGUUGCUGGGCCGGAAGAACUCGGACAACGGCUCGAUGGAGGCCGGCAACACGAACGGGAGUCCGACGACCUAUCCGUCCAUCAUGAACGCCGACUCCUCGUUCCUGCGGCGCCCGCCGGGGGGCGGCGCCGUCUUCCUCCACCUCAAGUCCGGCGCAGCCCUCAAGACCCUCUCCCGCAAGAUGAAGGAGCUUUCCGACCGGAAGUUCCAGCGGAACCCGCCCUCGCCACCCCCGGCGCCCCUCCACAUAACCCCCCUCCCUCUCGCCCUCGCCUGUGAUAACCACAACACCUUCGGCUCGGUCGGCCUCGAGCUCCUGGGCUCGGAGGGACGCCCCGCCAGGCUCGUCGAGUCGGGGUCCUGGCCCAAGAUCCUCGUCAUCACCAACUCCUUCAGGGCCGAGGAGAUCGCCCCCGACACCGCCCACAAGGGCCCCAGGGACCACUUGCGCCGGAGCCAGUCCCUCGACGAGACUUCGUGAUACCGGCGCGUGCCAGAGGCUUGGCACAAAUUGUAGGUUAUGUUGUACAGACCUAGUUUGUAGCUACGGAUAAGUUUGUGAUAUAAAGAUUGAACGACAUGACUUGUAUGUCACCGAA